CCCAGCCGCCUCAGCCGCCUGAUCCUCCUCUCUUCUGUCAGUCACUCUGUCAUGCCUCUGACGCAUGGGCAUGCUGACGCUGCUCUCUGCCAUCUGUGAGUAACUCACACUUACAUUUAGUGAUCUCUGCUGCCUCUACACACAUGCACGGGCACACUGGUGUUUCGCUUGGGUCUGGUCACUUGCUCAAGACAAAAGGGCUUUCGCUGAUCUGUUUCUCUGGCUUAAGCUUGUAUAUAAAUCCUUCUUUCCUUCUUGAAUAACUGACUUAACAUUUCUUACUAUCUGCUUGGCACUUGCCCUUGAAUUAUUGUUCGUCUUACAGUAAUCAGUUGAUCCCUAUGGAGAUUGUUGUAGUUUAGGUCAAACUGCUAUCGGUGCAUGUUUCUGACUUUAAUGUGCAAACAAUGGCCCUAAAAUAAUAUUUGGAGUUGUAAACAACACUUAAGUGUUUAAAUGUCAUUGCAUUGAAUAAGCAACCUUUUACAAGUCUUUUUUGUUGGUGAAAUAUUUUAUUGGGAUGCACCUACAUAGAUAAUAUGUCUAAAAAUUAUAUUAAUAGUAUUUUGAAGCCAAUAACCAAAAUAUUUGCUAUUAUUAUAUGUCAUUCUACAUUCUGUCAGACUGAUUAAAAAAAAGCACUCAUCUUAAAAGUUUAGAUCUCCGUGCUUAAGUGGGAAACUGCAUCAGAUUAACUAAUUUAAACAGAAGUUACACAUGCCUACAAUACAACAAUACAGUACAAAUUUUUAUUCCUAUAGCACAUUUAAAGAGCACAUCAUAUGGGUUUUCGAAAAAUAUAUUUUUUUGCUGUUUGUAGCAUAGCUAUACUUCAGUGUAAACAGUCUGCAAAGUUAAUUAAAAAAGUGCAUGAUAAAGAUAUUGUCUCAAAAGAAAGAUUCGAUUGAAUGACUGAAUGAAUUCAUCAUAUUUUCGAAUCUUCUGCCUGUUACAAGAUAACACAUUAGCAUAAUCCCCACCUGCCUGUGAGAUACCAACACUCUGACCUGCCCACAGACACUUCCGCUAGUUAGUGUGUUUACAUCAGGUCGAGAAGACACUGUGUUUUCAGCCUCGCUGGCCAUUUAAACAGUUCCCACACGUGCACCUCAAAUAAGUUAAUAAUAAUAAUAAUAAUAAUAAUGAAUGCAUUGAAACUGCUGUUACAUCACGUAAAGUACCACAUAUAGAGUUUAAAUUUAUCACUGAGAAACAUCCUGAUAAAGUCAUGCUUGCGAUGGAGUUUCCGGUUGAGCGACUGCAUUGGUAUCAUCCUCGGACUCCGGCUCAAAUUGAUAAGGUAAUUUGGAUACCAUUUUUGUAAUCUUAUAGCAUCUUUGUUUAAAAGUAACCCUCCGGAGCAAAAACUGAAUCAUGGUAAUGGGCAUUUCGUUUCUGACACGCAUUGUAUACGGAAAGACCAAUCACAACAGACUUGGCCAGCUGACCAAUCAGAGCAGAGUAGGCUUAUGGAAGGGAGGAGUUUACAGACCUUAAGCUCAGAACUGCUUUGAACGAUUAAUUUCAAAACCAUUGAAAAAUUAUUCUAAUAUUAAAUGUAUAUGCUGAGAAAAUUACAAUGUUUUCUGACCUUAGAUGCAUUUAAACCUGUUGUAGGGGACUCCCAUCACAAUAUUAGGACACUUUAAAAUACCAUAUGACCUGCUCUUUAAAGUGCUUUCCAGUGUAAAGACAAUAUAGACAGUUACAUACAAUCACACAAACACAAAUACAUCUCGCUCAUUUAUGGCUAAAUGUAUUGUGUUAAUGAUAAAAGGAAAAUAUAACUUCUACAAUAAAGAUAAAAAUAAAGAAUAAAGGAAAUGUCUUUGUUCCAUGGAUUAAAACAGUCUUCCAAACAAAUGACGUCAUGCACGUACACGUGGAGGGCAGUCGAAAUUCGGCACAACACCGGCCUCAAAACCCCGAUAAUUGCCUAUUACUUAUUGAUUUUGAUGUUUUUGAAUAUAAAAACCACGCCAAUGUCAAAAUAAUAAAAAAGCCAGUUCAUGACCCCUUUAAAUAUCAGCCUCAUUUUUAUUUAUUGGAUCAAUACCCAUAACAUAAAAAAUUACAUCUGAGUCUGCUGAUACAUUUAUGACUGCAAUGCACCAUGAAUCUGCAAGAUUUUAUGUAAUGCAAUAACAUUCAUACAUUUUUAAGUGUUGCUUAAAUGUUUAAAUACAAUCUGUGGCUUUCUUGAUAUGGCAGAUCACAUGCAUAAUUACCAUAUUAAUGCACUGAAUUAACUGCAGCAAUGCAGUUAAUAUCCCUGAUUGUCAGAAUAAGUAGUUGGGUGGUAUGCUUUGCUUUUUAGCAUGUCCUGGCAGCUUCAUGGAUCUGGUGGAUAUGUUUGGUGUUUUUAGGCUGUUUUUGGUUCCAGAUGCUCUGUUGUGCAGGUUUAAUACCUGCCACUAGGUGGUGUGAUGGUUCCAUCUGUUGGCCUCUAGCUCAGUCCCUUCAUCCUGUUUAACCCUUUGUCUGUUUUUCCCCUCUCCCUCUAUGGUGACUCCUGUGUGCCUUAUUCCAGUGUCAUUGGACAACCAACACAUGCUACACUACAUCCGGGACAAAACAGCCGUGCCGUACUUCUCCAAUUUGGUCUGGUUCAUCGGCAGCCAUGUCAUCGAGCUGGACAAGUGUGUGCAGACUGAUGAAGAACAUAAAAACAGAGGAAAACUCAGUGAUCUGGUAGCUGAGCACCUGGACCAUCUUCACUAUCUGAACGACAUCCUCAUCAUCAACUGUGAGUUUCUCAGUGACGUGCUGACUGACCACCUGCUCAACCGCCUCUUCCUUCCCCUAUAUGUGUACUCUCUGGUCAGUCCAGAGCAGUCUGAAGAACGCAAGAUCAACCCUCAGGUGUCUCUCUACCUGCUGUCACAGGUGUUCCUGAUCAUCCACUACCAGCCGCUUGUCCACUCCCUGGCUGAUGUCAUUCUGAACGGAGACCUGUCAGUGUUCACUGUGCAGACUGAGCAGAGCGCUCACAAAAGUUCAAGCAAUGCUGGUGUUCGUCGCUUCACCAAGCCCACAGAAAGUCUGGAGCGUUCCCUGGAGAUGAGUCGUCACCGUGGGAAGAAGAGGACCCAGAAAAGACCCAACUACAAGAAUGUGGGCGAGGAAGAAGAGGAAGAGCGGGGAUCAGAGGAAGGGCCGGAAGAAGAGAAGGAAAAGGCUAAAGGUACAGAGGCUAGUUCAAAGGCCAGCAGGACAAGUUGGGACAAGGAAGAAAUUGAGAUGGUAGUGAUGGAAAAAGGUAGGAUCUCUGAAUUGUCCACGUUGACGGAACAGAACAUUACAGACGAGGAGAAGAGCGCGGCAGCGGCACGAUCUGAAGGACUAAAGAGCAGGCCCUUCCUGGACAUGUUGUAUAAUGCACUGGACUGUGACGCAGAGGAUUACCAGGCUCUGUUUGUGCUUUGUCUCCUGUAUGCCAUGUCUCACAGUAAAGGUAUAAACCUGGAGCUCUUAGAGAGGAUCCAGCUACCCGUGCCAAAUCAAGAGAGGAGCUCUUACAGUCAGGUGUUGGUGGAAAGAGUGAUCCGAAUCAUGAGCCAGGCUGCUCAGCCAGAUGGAAAGGUGCGUCUUGCCACCUUGGAGUUAAGCUGUCUGCUUCUGAAACAAGCUGUACUCUCUGGCUCUCAAUGCAUUAUAAAGGACAUUCAUUUGGCCUGUUUGGAGGGUGCCCGAGAAGAGAGUCUUCACCUUCUAAGGAGGUUUUAUAAGGGGGAGGAGAUUUUCCUGGACAUGUUUGAGGAUGAGUACAGGUGCAUGAUGAAUAAGCCGCUGAAUGUGGAGUAUCUUAUGAUGGAUGCAUCCAUUUUACUUCCUCCCACCGGCACACCUCUUACCGGCAUUGACUUUGUGAAGCGAUUGCCCUGUGGAGAUGUCGAGAGGACACGCAGGGCUAUACGUAUGUUCUUCAUGCUGCGCUCGCUGUCCCUACAGCUGCAGGGAGAACCAGAAACUCAACUACCUCUCACCCGACCGGAGGAUCUCAUCAAGACUGAUGAUGUGCUUGACCUCAAUAACAGUGAUCUUAUUGCUUGCAUGGUGGUGAGUAAAGAUGGGGUUCAAGCUCAGCGCUUCCUGGCUGUGGAUGUGUACCAGAUGAGUCUUGUGGAACCGGAUUCGAAACGUCUUGGCUGGGGUGUUGUCAAGUUUGCUGGCCUUUUACAGGACAUGCAGGUUUCAGGAGUAGAAGAUGACAGCAGGGCUCUGAACAUCAUCAUACACAAGCCCACAUCUAACCCUCACGCCAAGCCUGUGCCCAUCUUGCAGGCUAACUUCAUUUUUGCGGACCAUAUUCGCUGCAUCAUUGCCAAACAGCGACUAGCCAAGGGCCGCAUCCAGGCUAGACGCAUGAAAAUGCAGCGGAUAGCAGCUCUAUUGGACCUUCCUGUUCAGCCUUCCACGGAGGUGCUGGGCUUCAGCCAACCAUCUGUUGCUGCGUCUCUGCCUUUUCGCUUCUAUGACCAGUCCAGACGUGGCCCAGCCUUCACCUCUGUAGAUAAAGUUCCAGGUUUUGCAGUGGCUCAUAUUUCCCAGCACAACCCCACAUCAGCCUCCUCCACCUCACCCGCCUCUAGUGGCCCCACCGGCGCCUCUGACCCCGUCACAGCCAGCAACGCAUCCGCACACACCGUCACACAGAGUCAAACAGGACUCGCCCUGGCGCCUAGCCUCACCCCUGCACGGCAACCCACCAUCUCCCUACUGUCUGACAAUGAUGCUGAAACGCUGAGCGUGGACUCCCUCACCCUGCUGCCCCCCGCUGCCCCGCCUCGCCUGCGCUCCUUUAGCACCCAGUCCUCCGUCCAGGAUGACGCUUCUGCAGACGGGGAAGAGAUGGUGGUUCCCAGCCAAAAGGAAGACGACGACACGGGAGCGACGGACUCGCAGUCUCAAGACGACAGGAAGGAUAUUUCCAUCAUUCCAGAGGAAGAUGAGCCAUCUCCUGAGUCUGGGCCAUUGCUUAGUGUGGAAACUGAGGAUUUGACACAGAAUCAGAGGAAGGAGCCUGUGACUCAGCCCGAGACAAACUCUAUAGGCGUUGCGGCCAACCUAGAGGACAACCCAGACCUGGAGGAGGAGACCGCGAUAGACUGAAAUGGCUAGUGCUACUAAAAUUAAAAACUAAAAUUUACUAAAGAAAUGUGGGCCAGGUUACUAAAGCAAGAAAUGCAUGUUAAUGUUGAUUAUUCAAUGUGAGCAUGACCUAUUCUGGUUUUGCACAAGCUAGUUAAGCUAGUUUGCACAUACUUUCAGCUUUGGUGAUUCAGGCCCUCAAUUGUAUCUGUCUGUUUGCCGACUGUGUCAACACAGCGGUUACCAGUACUUCUCCUUACAUCAAGACCAUGAUGCAUUUCAGAGGAAAACGGCACUCUUAGAACAGUGACAUUAUUGUUUGUCAUGAGUGCUGGUUAAAGCACAGUCUUUUUUCUGUUGUGUGUUAUUCUUUCUGCUCUGGUGCCGAGGUGAUCCAGCUGUUUCUCUGCAUGUGUGACUGUUUUGUGAUUGUGUUCGAAUGUUGGAGUCUGUGCGUGACUGGUUUUAUGAUACGGAGCAGAUGGAGAGGAGAGGGCGUGUUUGUAUAAAUCUGUAUCUGAGUGGGUUGGUGGGGAAAGCCCGCUUGAUUUUACCAGUCUUAACACUGAGGAAUGUACAAAGACUUCUGGGUCUAUCCAGCGGUGCUCUUUUCUGAAGGUAUAUUUGGUUUUGGCUGAACAUUCAUUUUCACUUCAGCGUUUUGAAAAAUGCCCUUUUGUUUCAUUCUUUGGAGAUUGUAAGGAACAGAUAUGAGCUUCAAGUAACCCGUUUUAAUUCAUCGCUGCAUUUAAGAUCAUUCAACCCAUGAACGCUUUCACCAUCAAGCCUUUUUGUAUAAAAACUGCUGACUCACUUAUAUCAGUCAUGUUUUUUCAUCAGGUGAACAAACCUGAUGUCAUCGAGUUUCAUUCCUAAGCGUUUAUGUCACUGCCAUACCUCUUUCUGGAACAUUUUGAAAUCUGCUGACACACAGGAUGAAUAUACUCAGUUUUCAUUCACGUAGUAAGUGCUUUAAGUACCACUAAAGUGGUCUCUUUGCUUUUUAAAGCUGAGGCAACUUAUCCAUAUUUUAGGUGCGUUUUAACGUUCUUUAACACUUAAUAUUCCAGAGGUCAUCAAGAGCUUGUGCUGGACACACGUUAUCAAAGCUGGGUGUGAUAUAUUUGUGGUUUCGUUUUACUUUGGUGUGCAAUAACAGUUAUUCAAGACUCAUUUAUUUCACUUACAGAUUCAAGUAGUUGGACUACCAUCACUAAUGGACUGAAAUGGAAAAUUAAUUUUUGGUUUAUAGACUGUAGCACAUAGAAGGGAUUCACACACUCUUGCAGUGUGGCACAGAUGCAAAUCUGUGGCAACCAUGACUGGGCGCUUUUCUUUCCAAACCAAGGCACUCAGAUUUAAGCUUUAUAUUACCUUUAAAGCAAUAUAAUUCAUUCUGCAUAUAUCAGUAUUUUGAGGUUAAAUUCAUUGUUGAGAAGGGAGGGCUUCAUAGUUUGUACACAGUGUAAAGAUUUGUUUUGAUCUAAUGUUCUAAAUAAUUUACCAACUGGAGCUAUCAAAGUCAUGCAAUAAAUUAUUCUGAUGUA